GUGAGGGAAGGUGUGUCAAUCGCACGCUCCGCCAUCUCAUCUCUCGCUCACAUAAUCUGUAUUCCUCUCAAUUGCAAUUUUCAACGCAAAAUAAUAGGAGUGCAGAAAAACCUGAACAGUGUCAAACAAUAUAUACUAUCAGUUUAUCCGACUUUAUUUUGUUUCUUGCAUCCAGUGACUUGUGACGUAUGUGUUCUGAACCGAGAUUGGUUGGCUAGGGUAGCAACUUGUUGAGAAGCUACAAAAAAAAUCCCGAAAAAUAUCAAUAGUAGGCUUGCAAACGAGUGCCGUACUUCGCCACGUCCGCAUUAAAAACUAGUGACACUUACUAUCGGUGAUAUAAAAAGGAAGUGCUUUUUUAAGUUUCUAUUAAUUGAAAAACUAAAAUAAUUAUUCCGAAGUGAAGUACUGUGACUCAGUGUUUAAUCGUUGCAGCGGCUUGAGGCCCUCAUGACCGCGCAUAUAUCUUACAUCUUCCUCAAUAGUGUCAUCAAACUGACUUUUAUUGGAGUGUCUUCAGGUCAUGAGAUGUAUUAUAUAAUUCAUUUCUUCAUGUUUCAUCGAUGGUACUGUUUCUAGUGACUGCAAGAAAUAACUACAACCAGGAAGAAUUUUGCCCAAGUGAAAUCAUUUUUCUAUCAAGUUUUAUUUAUUAUUCAUGAGGAAAUUCGGCUUCACAUUCAACGCGCGAUAUUAUUUUCUCCAAGACUCUGUUAUUUCACUAGCAGAAUCAUAAAUGCAGUAAUACGAAGAUUUUUUUAUAAGUUGCUAAAAUACAUAUGAGAGAAAGCUCAAGAAAGGGGAAGACUAGCUGAAGUAAACAAGCAAAAUGAACAGCACAGUGACGGCAGUUCGUAGACCUCUGCUUGCGCCCAUCACUUUCUGUAGAAUGUCAGAACUGCGACGAAUGGUACCAAUAGCACCCGACGAUACGACCAUUAAUGACGGCACUACCAUGGCUGCCACUAGUACCAUCACCACUACCAGUACUAGACACCAUGUGUCAGAAACUCCCCGUGACUUGAUCGGUGCUAGUUCCGUUCCCGUGAUAACCGUGCGUCGCAGUCUCUUCGGACCAAUUGACCACGAUGAAAACCGCAGGUUCGUUAAUCAGGAACUUCAAAAAAUCGCAGACGAAGAAACACGUAAAUAUAAUUUCGACUUCAAAGAAGACAGGCCUCUAGAUGGUAUAUACCAGUGGACGGAGACGUCGCACGUUCCCGUGGCUUAUAAGAUGCGUCAUCUGCAGGCCGAGUCUGUCGCUGCCACCAAGUGCCUCGAAUCUUUUCACAGGGAAGUACAGAGCACAGCCACUCUCAGGAGUGUUAUCACAAGCUCCGCCGCUCACGCGAGUGGUACACAGAACAUUACCGUUCACGCAAGUGGUGCACAAAACACAGCCACUCAUCUGAGUGGUGCGCAAAGCAUUACCACUCACGCGAGUGGUGAACAAAGCAUUGCCACUCACGCGAGUGGUGCACAAGGCAUUACGCAAACACGCACCAAGAAAUCACGGGCAAUCAAGCCCCCGACCUCGGGUGGUAACGCCAAACGAACUCUCAACUUCGCCAACGAAGACGCGGCUUCAUCUUCAACUUUCAACAACAACGUGGACGAAGUUAGGCUCGGAAAUGCUGUGCCUGUUGAUGGCAAUUCAUCAUUUGAUGGAAACCAAUCUUCUAUUGAUGAUAAUAGACCACAUGAUGGGAAUACUUCGUUUUCAGCUAUUAAAACAUCGUUUAUUGUUGAUAAUCCCUCGUUUAAUGAUACCAACGCCUCAUGUCCUAGUAAUAUCGAGGACAGUAGCGGUAACUGCGACAGAUUACAGCCCGAGUGUAGCAAUACUCACGACGCUGUGUCUGCUGCUGCCGCCGUCACGCCUGCGCCACUAGAGCGACCCCCGACGACGCACACCAAGCAGACUUCUAUGAUAGAUUACCUGCGUCACCGCAAGCGUCCCCUGUCGUCCACUGGGGAGCCCGUCACGUCCCCCGACCACGUCCACAAGAAACCCCGCCCCGCCCACGCCGAGUGAGGGGGCCACUCAUCUUCCCCUCCCUGAGAUGCUACACAUUUUUCCCUCCCCAUACGCAACAUAUCUUCUUAUUCUCAAGGGGAGACUUAUAUUUUCCUUCACAAGAGAAGACGCAUCUUCCUCGUUCCAUUCUACCCCAAUUUUCUCUCCUACUGAGCGGGGAAAAUGCUGUUUCCCAUCUAACAUUCCUCCAGUUCCUCCUCAGUUUAUGCCCCAUUUUAUCAUUCUAAUCAGUGAGGACCUCAACUUGUCUCCCCAAAAUCCCCUCUUCUCUUCAUUCCCAACCCCCCCCCCAUGAUGAGGGGAAUCAUGAUAUCAUGAUAUCUACCCUCACGUCCUAGAAACCAUUACGUGACAAGUCGUUAGCAACCUAACCAUCAGUGGAAUGUCAUUAGCAGUCUCGCCAUUAAUGAAUAAUAUCUGCUAUCACAGAUAGCGCCUACCUUUGUGGUUUUAUACGAAUUUUGUUAAUUGCUGGAUGUUAUGUUGUGAGUUGCCUUCUUUUGAACUGCACCACCAGGUGCUGUGUAUGGAGUGUGCGAGGUGCUUACGUCGUGUGUCGGGAUGUAAGUACGAGAUGUUUGCCUUGUGUGUGCGGGAUGAAUACGUUUUGUGUUCAAGGUGUAUACGCUUUAAGUACGAGAUGUAUGAGAUGUGUGUGUGUGGAGUUAUUUGAUGAGGCCACUGAUACAUGCCAACCUAUUGUGUACGUACAGGUACGUUGGGUACGUACAUUGUAUGUACGUAUCGUGACGUGUUGAAGUAUACUUAUUAUUGACACGUUAAGUUGUGCGCAAGGUGGAUUGUAGGUUAACACACACGCGUGCGUGGCGUGUAACCUGUAACGUGGUAACGGAAAGUAAUGUGAAAUAAUAAAUAAUGUGAACUUCACAGCGGGAAGUAUUCUUACCAGUAGAGCCCACACAUCGUCGGAAUCGAGCCUCCAAGGUCUUCUCAUACACGCCUCCUCGAUCCCGACGAUGUGAGGCUUGCUCUGGUGAGAGAACUUCUCGCGGUGACAGCCUCCCAAACGGAGAGGGAAUCUCAAGCGUCGAUAGAGGCUUCGAUCGAACGAUCUCAUGCGUUAACCGCAGCUAAAUUGUUCUUAUAUAUACCCAUACAUCGUCUUAUGUAUACCCAUACAUCGUCUUAUGUAUACCCAUACAUCGUCCUAUGUAUACCCAUACACCGUCUUCACGUGUUGGCUCAUAAUACAAUCCACGCGCGUAUCAUACACACUCUAAUUUGAUGUAUUAUGCGGGCGACCUGUGGAUUAUGACAAUGUUCUUGCACAGGCUACUUCUUGCUUUGAAAUGCUGCGACACUGCAUGAGAGAGGCUUUGCAGUGUGCCACUGCCACUGCCACUAGCGCAGCAACUGCCACUGUCGCUAGAACAGAAGCAGUAAGAACCACUGUCGCUAGAACAGAAGCAGUAAGAACCACUGCCGCUAGAACAGAAGCAGUAAGAACCACUGCCGCUAGAACAGAAGCAGUAAGAACCACUGCCGCUUGAACAGAAGCAGUAAGAACCACUGCCGCUAGAACAGAAGCAGUAAGAACCACUGUCGCUAGAACAGAAGCAGUAAGAACCACUGCCGCUAGAACAGAAGCAGUACGAACAAUUUUCUUCCCACGAUCUCACGUUAUUUAUUCUUUUUAGUUCAUCUGAUAUGUCAGUACAAAAUUCACAUCUGUUCUCAGUGUUAUCUUCCCUUGUACAGCUUUUGUUCUCUUUGUAAUUCAUCGCUAGAUUUUUGUUCUUCUCUGUCACUUGUGCUGGGGCAGCCCCGCUAUGGACAGAACUUUUCUUAAUUUCCUUAUCCUGUAGAAUCUUUUCCAAGUUUCUUGCAUUUGUUCUUUUGUUUGUUGUUGUUGGAUGAUUAUUAUAGUUAGACAUAAGAAGCUAUUAUUCGCUAUUUAUCGAGUGACGCCUCUUAUAUAUAGUUAUGUUAUUCUUCUUCUUUGUUCUUUACUUAUCCAACAAAGCUACGGUUGAUCUCGAACCACGAACGUCGCUGUUCACGAAAAGUUCAGCCAACGAACGUUGCUGUUCACAAGUUCAACCCAACGCAUUGCUGUUCACGAACGAUUCAGUAAACGAACGUUUCUGUUCACGAACGGUUAAGCCCACGAAUGUUCAACGAGAACUGGUACUGAAGGCUGGCGAGGCUCUUAGCUCUGGCAUCAGAGGCUUGGGUUCUUGAGCCGGGCAGUCGAUUUCGUGAGCCGGGUAUAGACCGUACGCUCUUAAAUUGUUAACCAAGUAACUAUGUCCAAUCCCGCUUAUACAAUGUUCUAAAAUAUACCAUGUUUGAAAAAUAUCUUUACACUGUUCGCGUUUACGCCGCAAAACGGUUUGACCGUCAUUUUAGAGCCCGGCCGCCCUUGAAGCUAAACCGUAUCUCCAUUUUUUUUUU